CAAAAAUUUGGUCCUUCGCAGGCCCACUCUCAGAGUCAGUGCGGCGCAAUCCCCUUGCAAUGGCCUUGGCAUUGCUGAUCAAAGGGGCAAUUGAAGCAGCUUUUUGGCUUCUUCUGCCCCCCUUGCCAGUGGCCUGAAAAGUCAAUUUCACAUCGCCAGUAGAGUGUCAUUUCACGAGGUUCCUCCUCAUACUGGUUCUGUGGGUUUUGCCAGCAGGCAUGCGUUCUUUAGGUCCCACGGGCAAUAAGUACUACUGGCUGUUCUUUCUGAGCUGCCACGCAACGGCAUUACGGCAUUACGCAAUGCUGAGCCAAUUCAGACCCAGCAACAAGAGAUCUACCGUAUGUAGUUCCUGCCAAGCUCAUACCUGCUAGCUGGCACUGAGGGCAUAAACGAGCUCCAGUUUGCGAAGCAUCAGCACAUAGUCUGGUUGUGCAAGCCGGUCGUUUGCAUCCGGCAGGAUUGAAUACUCCUCUAUCGGUUGUUUGCAGCCGCUUGAAAGAGUGGAAGCCAGCUCUUUCGAGGAGCCUAGUUCACUAUUCAAUCAAGCAAGUAACCUACAUUCCGUCACUAGAGAGCCUUCCGCAAGGACAUUCCUGGUGCCAUGGGGGCCAGUCCUGCUGAUGAUCUCCCCGUCAUCCACGUAAAGUCCAAGGCCGAGUGGGACAAGUUCCGCUUUGAGAGCGGUUCUGAGCUGUUCUUCGUCGACUUUUGGGCGACUUGGUGCAGCCCCUGCCGGGUGAUGUCCCCAGUGUUUGUACAGCUGGCGAAUCAGCACCCGAAAAUCAAGUUCCUCAAAGUGGACAUUGACGAAUUGCAGGAUGUCGCGUUGCAAGAAAACAUCAUGUCCGUGCCCACGUUCCGUGCUUACCAAGGCGGGAGAGCCGUCGACGAGUUCGUGGGGGCGAACAAGCAGCACCUGGAGGCCUUCGUAGUGGCACACGUACAGACGGUGACUGCGUGAAGUUUAAUGACAGGAUUGGUUAGGCUGAUCGCAAUCACGAGAAGCUACUUGAAGAAUAUGUGAGAAAGUGUGAACAUGCAUCAUGCAGUGCUUUGGAAAGAUGAAACAGACACCGCUCAGAAGGCCAGCUUAUUGAAUACAAGUCGAAUGAUUAUUUUAGGACUAGUGAUCGAAGAGUCGAGUAGGCCGUAAAAACUGCCAGACAGCUAGCUCGACUCGUCGAUACAGGACAUUGGAUAAUGAACCGGACCAAUCAGUGACUCAGUGGACGUACACAUACACAGAACAUCAUCUUAGGAUGUACGGACCCGACCGUAAAGUAUCCUGAAGGAAGUGCACUGCAUACUCGUAAUGAAGACGUGCAUCUAGACAGGCCGCGGGCCGGCACUUGCCAUGUGGCGUAUGCAGUUUUUUCAAGCCGUG